AUGCGGUCCAGAUUGAGGAAGACGCGGAAACUCCGGGGCCAGGUAAGCCAGGGUCAUGGCUGCAUCGGUAAGCACCACAAACACCCAGAAGGCCUCGGGAAUGCUGGAGGCAUGCAUCACCACAGGAUCAGCUUCGACAAGUAUCAUCCAGGUUACUUUGGGAAAGUUGGUAUGAGGCAUUACCACUUAAAGAGGAAUCAGAGCUUCUGCCCAACCGUCAACCUGUAUAAACUGUGGACACUGGACAGUGAGCAGACACGGGUCAAUGCUGCAAAAAACAAGACUGGGGCUGCUCCCAUCAUCGAUGUGCAAUCGGGCUACUACAGAGUUCUGGGGAAGGGCAAGCUCUCUAAGCAGCCUAUCAUCGUGAAGGCCAAAUUCUUCAGCGCAAGAGAUGAAGAGAAGAUUAAGGGUGUGGGAGGUGCCUGUGUCCUGGUGGCAUAAAGCCAGCCAGGGAGGUUAAUUAAAU